AUGCAGUGGAGAGCGGUUUCAAAGUGGUUCCCGUGCGGCUCAGUGCUAGCACAGACACCUGCCGCGAUGGUCAACUACAAGAGAAUCGUGUGCGAGGUCGCUGUACUUUUCACGCUAUUGGGUCUAGUAGCGGCCGCCCCUACUCCCGAUUGUGACAAAUCUGAAAAGCACUUCGAUCAACGUCAAAAUGGUACCGAGAACUAUAGGCUAAACAUUGACGGAGUCGUGAUCGCUGUGGCCCCCGCAGAAUCAUUUCUAGCUGCAGCCUCUGACAUUGAUCUUAGCGACCUUCUUGAUAUAGAGGACUUCAAUGAACUACAGAAGCCGAAACCGCCGAGCAAGCCCCUGAAGCCAAAGCCUGAUGAUGAUAAACCACAGGACUCAAAACCAGAUGCGCUCAAUGAGGUUACUGAUGUCAAGCUGCAAAAGAAGGAUGCUUCUCAGCGGAACAAGGAGAAAACUCAAAGAUUGAAAUAUCGCCUGGCGAAUAUGCUGUUGCCCCUGCUACGUAAAAAUCGUCAUCAUUGA